UUCAUGCUGUCUGUGCUGCUGUCCACCUUCUGCAUCCACCACUACCGCAAGAAUGCCCACAAGCCGCCCAUUGCCUCGGCUGAGAUGACCUUCCGUCGACCCGCCCAAGCUUUUCCGGUCAGCUACUCCUCAUCUGGUGCCUGCCGGCCCUCUCUGGACUCCAUGGAGAACCAGGUCUUAGUGGACACCUUCAAGAUCCCGGAGGAUCCCAAGUGGGAAUUCCCACGGAAGAACUUGGUGCUUGGACAAACUCUGGGAGAAGGUGAAUUUGGAAAAGUGGUCAAGGCCACAGCCUUUCGGCUGAAAGGCAAAGCAGGGUACACGACUGUGGCUGUGAAGAUGCUGAAAGAGAAUGCCUCCCCAAGCGAGCUGUGGGACCUGCUAUCAGAGUUCAACCUCCUGAAGCAGCUCAACCACCCACAAGUCAUCAAGCUGUACGGGGCCUGCAGCCAGGAUGGGCCACUGCUCCUCAUCUUGGAGUAUGCCAAGUACGGCUCCCUGCGGGGCUUCCUCCGAGAGAGCCGCAAGGCGGGACCUGGCUACGUGGGCAGCGGGGGCAGCCGCAACUCCAGUUACCUGGACAACCUGGAGGAGCAGGCCCUGACCAUGGGCAACCUUGUCUCCUUUGCCUGGCAGAUCUCACAAGGGAUGCAGUACCUGGCUGAGAUGAAGCUUGUCCAUCGGGACUUGGCAGCCAGAAACGUCCUGGUAGCCGAAGGCCACAGGAUGAAAAUCUCAGAUUUUGGUCUGUCCCGAGAUGUUUAUGAAGAGGAUUCCUACGUGAAGAGGAGCGAGGGUCGGAUCCCAGUCAAGUGGAUGGCCAUUGAGUCCCUCUUUGAUCAUAUCUACACCACCCAGAGUGAUGUGUGGUCCUUUGGUGUCCUGCUGUGGGAGAUUGUGACCCUGGGCGGCAACCCCUACCCUGGGAUUCCUCCAGAGCGGCUCUUCAACCUUCUGAAGACAGGCUAUCGGAUGGAGAGGCCAGACAACUGCAGCGAGGAGAUGUACAGUCUAAUGCUGCAGUGCUGGAAGCGGGAACCAGACAAGAGGCCAGUGUUUGCCGACAUCAGCAAAGACCUAGAUAAGAUGAUGGUUAAGAGCAGAGACUACUUGGACCUGGCCGUGUCCACCCCAUCUGACUCACUGCUGUAUGAUGAUGGCCUGUCAGAGGAGGAGACACCCCUGGGGGACUGUAAUAAUGUUCCCCUCCCUCGCACCCUCCCCUCCACGUGGAUUGAAAACAAACUCUAUGGUAGAAUUUCACAUGCAUUUACUAGAUUCUAGCCACGUUGUUCCUGCUCUCUGCACUGUCCUUACUCUCUGUAAUGCUUUUUAAGAGUGUUUCUGGUUUGAAUGAAACCAAAGUCUGCUCUGAACCUUUUUGUUUGUAAAUGUCUGACUUUGCAUCCAUUUACAUUCAGGCAUUUUUUUUAAAACUAUGUUUUUUUUAAAGGAUGUGAAAAUAUGUGUGAUGAUCACAUUGCCCAGCAGCUUAAGAUGAUAGAGGAGAGGGCGGGGCAGAACUCUCAGGGGAUAUUGAGAAAUGAUGACUCAGUCAUUUCCCGGGUGGGGAUUUAGUCAUAGUACUUCUAAUUUAACUACUGGGGUACAUUUUCCUGACCUGGGGAGGCAUUUAAUCUAGAAAGGCAGAACCAGAACUACCCUGCCUGCACUGAGAACACAGCCAGCAGCCCCCCAGGCUCUGUCUGGGUGAGUGGAGGGGGGCGGCUUGGAGGCCACCUGGUGCUGGGGACCACCAUCGGCGGGAGGGACACACACAGAGUACUGUUUUCACAUCCUUUGUAUCACACACUGUCAUGACAGUUGUCACUUAUGAAGUCAGUGCUAAAAGCUGGAGCAAAAUGCUUUUUGAAAGAACGUAGUCUGUGGUGCUGUGGUCUUGCAAUGGACAGUAAAUAUGGUUCUUGCCAAAA